GCGGUUGCUAGGAGAUCAGUGACCCUAGUGAUGGAGCCGGAAUAAAGUAGGUGGGGGGCAGAGAAGGGGCAGGUUAGUUAGACGGAGUGGGGGGAGCCCCUCUGAGUCCUUCCAGGGGGCGACUGAUCUGCCGAUCCCCCCUAUGUGGGCCUCCCUCCCCUCGCAGAGGCAGGCGGAGGUCCCCCACCCCAGAAGGAAGGCCAAUGGGAGGCUCAAGCGGGGAGGAUGCCACACAAGGUUGGUUUUAUCGUUAUAAGUUCAUCGGGACAUGAAGAUGGCUUCAGUGCAAAAGAACUGAUGGUCCACGCACCAACUGUCAAUGGAUGGAGAUCACCAAGGCUCUGCCAGUAUCCCCAAGAGAUUGUCCUUCAGAUGGUGGAGCGAUGUAGAAUUCGGAAACUGCAGCUGCUGGCUCACCAGUACAUGAUUUCCAGCAAAAUUGAGUUCUAUAUCAGCGAUAACCUACCUGAGUACUUUGCGCCCCACAAGUCUGAGAGGUUUCGAAGACUUGGUUAUGUCUCUCUCUCAGACAACAAGAAGACGAGCUUCAAAGCCCGAGAACUGAAAUCUGUCUACGUGGAUGCAGUUGGCCAGUACCUUAAGUUGACUUUCCACAAGAACUAUGUCAAUAGGUACAACUUGUACAGUCAGGUGGCUCUCGUAGCGGUAAACAUAAUUGGCGAAGCAGCAGACCACAGCAAUAACUUCGCUCAUACUUCAAGAGAUAAACUAAUCGACCAUUACCUCGGGAACAAUCCAGAUGACUCGGCCUUAGAAGGAACAUUCAUGGGGAAGUCAGAUUCCAUUUCUCCCCUGGAUGAUUUGGCUUUUGACAUGUACCAAGACCCAGAGGUGGCACAGAUAAUUCGGAAGCUGGAUGAGAAAAAAUACGAAGCAGUGCGGCACGAGCAUUACGAUCAUGCCAAGAAACUCAAGCAAGCCAUUGCGGACCUGCAGAAGGUUGGUGAGCGGCUGGGCCGUUAUGAGGUAGAGAAGCGCUGUGCCGUUGAAAGGGAGGACUACGAUCUUGCCAAGCAGAAGAAGCAACAGAUGGAGGAGUAUCGCUUGAGAGUUUACCAGCAGCUGGAACUCCAUAACCUCCUCGAUCCGGAUCUGACGAUCCGAAGGCCUGACUUCCCCCUGGAGCCCGUGGUUUACCCUGCCACCUCACCACAGCAAAAGAAGACCGUGCCUUCUCCUCAGCGGGACAAGACGGAAGCAGAUAACCCGGAGCCCGUGCCACCUGAAAAGCCACCAGAAGCUGUUUCUCCAGAGUCUGAGCACUCCAUUCCUCAACACAUUUUCUCUCCUCCUGUAGCCCAGGGACUCAUCUCACCUGAGGCUUUCCCAAAGAUAAGUGUUGAGUUCCUGCCUUACGAUGAGAGGCCGCUUCCAGCUAUCCGUAAGCAGCAGGAAGAAGGGUACACCUACUGCGAACCUGAAGUCGAGGAAGAUCCCGUCGACACGCCAAGAAGCGGCAUCACCGGCGAGCCGGAGCCCUUGACGGAGAAAGCCUUGAGGGAGGCCGGACCAGCUGUUGAAGUCUUUGGGGAAGUCUUGGUCGCCGGGGCCUAUUCCAAAACGUGGUCCUACCGGGAGGACGCAUUGCUUGCCAUCUACAAGAAGAUGAUGGAGAUGCCCACCAGUACACCCAAGGAGGAUCUCAAGAAUUUGCUCAGGGCUGCCAUCUUCCUUGUAGCAAGAUCUAUAAAAGACAUAGUCUCCUCGGUUUUUCAGGCCUCCUUGAAGCUUUUGAAAAUGAUCAUCACUCAGUACAUCCCCAAACACAAACUCGGGAAGCAGGAGACGGCUCACUGUGUGGAGAGGGCAUUUCCCAACCUCCUUUCCAGGACCGGAGACUCCUCGGCUCGUCUUCGUGUCGCCACCGCCAACUUCAUUCAGGAAAUGGCGCUCUGUGCUGAGGUGAAGCCUCUUCAGAUUAUACCCGCUCACUUGGUGCAGCCGCUGAAGUCCAAUUCCCCGACGCAUCUGGCUAUGAGCCAGACGGACUUAGUGGAACGCUUGCUGAGAGAUCUUGGAACGGAAAACACCGGCUUCACUGUCGAUAAUGUCAUGAAGUUUGCAACAGUGACUCUGGAGCACCGCGUGUACGAGGUCCGAGAAACAGCCAUUCGGAUCAUUUUAGACAUGUACCGGCAGCAUCGAGCUGUCAUCCUGGAUUACCUUCCUCCUGAUGACGCCAACACCCGCAAGAACAUUCUCUACAAGACGCUCUUUGAUGGAUUUGCUAAAAUAGACGGCAGACUCACAGACGUUGAAGCGAAGGCGCAGAAAAAGAUGGCCACAGAGGAGUCUGAGAAACAGAAGAAAGAUGAGAUCAAAGCUUUGCAAGGUCAGCUGGCAGCACUGAAGGAGAUGCAGAAUGACACCCCAAAGGAAAAAGAAAAUGAUUUGCAGAAGUCCAGGAAUCAAGGAGAACUCACCAAAAAAGCCCCUUUGCCUGCAACAACUGAGAUUCCUGAUGACCAUUCCUCAGUUGCAAAUUAUCUUGACAACCUCUGCAUUUUUUGUGGUGAAAGGGAUGAAUCCUUCACAGAGGAAGGUCUGGAUCUCCACUACUGGAAACAUUGCCCCAUGUUAACAAGGUGUGACCACUGCAAACAGGUUGUGGAGAUUGCCAGCUUGACUGAGCACUUGCUCACCGAAUGCGACAGGAAGGACAGCUUCGGCAAGUGUGCCCGCUGCUGCGAAGCCCUGCCCAAGGACGAGCUGCUUAGACAUGUCAAGGGGAAAGUGUGCAACCCUGCCAAACCUGAGAAAGUGGCCAAUCACUGUCCAUUGUGCCAUGAAAAUUUUGCUCCGGGAGAGGAGGCCUGGAAGGUGCAUCUGAUGGGCAAAGACGGCUGCUGCGUGAACCCAAGGCGGUUGCCCGCCUUGAAUAAGAGCUUGCCAUCACAUCCCGUUCCUGGCAGACCCGCAGGAACGACGCUCAACAGAUCAGGGCCAUCUGGAACAAAGCUCCACUCCCCGUCGGUUGGAAGCAAGAUCCCCACCCCGAGAGGCGGCUUGAAUAAAAACACUGGCAGAACAUAUGCAAAGCGAUGACGUGACUCUCUUCUUUCCUCCGGCUUUCUGAUUCCCGGCUCUGAUAGUCUACCUACACGUGAUGGCAACUCUCCCACUCCAACCUCAAGCAGUUGGCUCUCUCUGUUUACAGUGGUUUGGCUGUGACUGGCCGGUCCUCUCUGCCCCAAGGAUUGCCUCCGUCCACACUUCUACUCACAUGUGGGAAGCUACGCGCCAAAAACUCUCUGCACCAUUCGAGGGGCCUCGUGCCCAUAGGGCUGCCGUUGCCCCAGGCCACCAGUCCCCAGGUUUUCAAGGUACCGAGUAACUUGCCAUCCGCUUUGCAGCACCAAAUCAGGGAAGUGGAGCCUUUGCUUCUCUCGAGCCUCGUGUUAAUUUUCUCUUAAGCGGUGAGCUCCUUUGCGAAAACAGUGUUCAAGCUGGGCUGCCUUCUUUCAGUGGCAUUUACCUCCAUCUUCUUAUCCUAAAUCAAAACAUUUCCCCAUGGCACUGUGGUUUGUAAUCGUGAUUAUUCCCAAGGCAUAGACCUUCCCCUAGGAUGAGAUGCUCCUGUUACUAUUUUGUCAACCUCCCCCUCAGCUCUCCUCAAUGGCUCCUGUCAACCUUCCACCUGAGGCAGGUGCCUUCUUUCUUCCCUAUUGCAAAUUCGACAUGCCAGAUGUACGUGGAUCUAAAAACCACAGACAUGACAAUCGGGGCCAUGGCUGGUGGACUGCAUCUGUCUUCUUCUCCACUGUGAAGAUCUUGUGUUUGUUUUUCCUUGGCUUUUUGUGCACUUGGGCACACCAGGAAUCAGCCAAAGGCGUGCACCCGUUAAAAGAUUUUUGAAGUUCGAUUAAAAUCAAGCUCUGAACUUGAUUCUGGAGCAAUCACAGGGUACAGCUUUUGGCUGGGCUGUACCAUUUUAGUUCUUGGGGGGCGAUGGUUUGACUCCUCCCAUUACAGAACUAGAAUGCCUACUGUUUUCCUUAGCAUGUUAUUUUUAGUAUGUACAAGAUAAUAUAUAUAUUUUUAUGUCUGAGGGGAGGUUCAGCUACUGAACCCCUUCCCCACACCUGCACACCAAUUUGCACAGGCCAGCAAAAGCCGUCCCUGGAACUUGAUUGCAGAUUCCUGCUCUCAAAAAUGGACAGAGAUGCCAUCCCAUUCCAUGGCUACUGCAGACAAUCACUCUGUGCAGCACAUUAGCUGCUAGACACACAUGAGGAAAUUGGGUGUUUAAAACAUGGCAUCAAGAGACAACCCUGUCGCCAACUCCACCCCCACCCCCCACCCCCCACCCACCCCGUCGGGAAGCAGAGGAGGGAACUGAGAACAUGUUUCUUGUGCUCCCCCACAUCCCUGCUCAAAGGGAACUGGGCAGUGCUGCAGUCUUCUAGUCCCAGCCACUCUAGAUUUUCCUCCCACCUCAGAACGUGGCUCAGUGGAUUUGGCAUGGAUAUGUGGAUCCGUGCCAGCCACUUCAAUGCAACUUGUUUACAAUUAAUGAGCAUUUCAGUUGCUAAAGGAGAGCACUGACAACGGUCCGGUUUCUACCUUUGCUUACGUAGAGCAACAACGAUGCUCAGCUGACCUAGCCAUAGCCAAAGGCCAUGCGAACUGAACCCUAUAAUUCACCCCACAGCCCUGGGCAGUGCACCAGUGGACCUUGGCAAACAAGUUGGGUUGCUUGAACUUUUGAUUUGAUUGUUGGGAAAACCUGAAUCCGCACACUGGACCAAUUGUGAAAAGGUUGUUACCUUCCAGUUCACACCUUUUGAAAGAAUGAGCCAGGUAAACCCUGAUUUGUCUUGUUGUAUCGCUGUGGAAGGAAAAAAAGGGUUGCUCCAGUGGAAAACUAGAAAUAAGGGGGAAGAAACGCAAAAAACUAUUGGUACAAGGAGGAAAGAAUAAUAAAUAUUUUAGCAGUCCAAAUGUUUCUAUAUGGAAUUGCAACACUUUUGUCAUUAAAAUAUUCGUAUUUAUUGCUAAUAUAUAUUACUAAAUUUAUUACUAAAAUAUUUAUUAUAUCUUGCUUCAUGGCAUAGGUAGCUGCUUGCUUCUCCUUGUUUUCAGUCUUAUAGGAUGUGCCAUAGCCGCAGUGAUAAUCGGCCAACUUUUGAGUUACACAGAUCGCUUCAGCAUCCCAGUGUGCUGGUGGAAGACAUGACAGUGUAGAGUUGCCACACUUUCAGUAAAUAGACCAUAAGGUUUCACGUUUGUUUCUUCUUUUCCUUCCUGGAUUAAAACGCAGGGCAUGCUCCCUGACUACCUUUUGCACAGAGUCUUGGAUAGCGCCUUGCUUUCUGGGUAGUGGAAAGGCUUCUCGAGUUCCCCUGGGCCUGUAGUGAAAACAAUGCCAGGGCAUCCUGGUGCACCCUUACUGUGGGGGUGAUCUUGCAGAGAUGGGAAUCCAGGCUCUGCAGAGCCUUCUCGAUACAAAGGAGCAACUGCUGCCUGCAUCUAAAACAGAAGCUUAGUUUUAAAAGCAAGCUGUAAUCUCUCUUACAGUGCACAAUUCGUAAAAGGGCUGACUUUUUAACUCUUCCUUGCCAGUUCUGGCAUCUUACGGCCUUCCUUCAUCACUUUGAGCUUUCCAUAAGGAUUAUUUGCCCCAGGGUCAGGGCUGUUGCGAAGCGUUCUCUCCCCACCUUGCAUUGCUUCCCCACCGCAUCAUGGUGCACUGAUGCAUUUCCUGGGUUUUCUCCUCUUUUCUCCAAUCUUUCCCAAACUUGCUUCACUGUGAUGUUUUGAAAAAAAGAUCGUAGCAGAGCUAGGAGGGCAAGCGUGUGGGCAGGGAGGUCCAGAACGGCCAUCUCAGGGACUGGAGCAGGAAAAAUGGGCGGAAACCUGUUGUCCGGAAGCCUCAAUAUUGCUGCAUUGCAUGGGAGUUUCUGCAAAAAUAUAAAAAUGACUGCUUUUUGGAAGCCCCUUCUGUCAGCUGGCUGUUGUGGGUUUUCCAGGCUGCACUGCUGUGGUCUGGUAAAUCUUGUUCCUAUCAUUUUUCCUGCAUCUG